UCUCCUGACUCUGGCAGGGGGAACAUUUGCACUGUUCUUGUUCCUUACCCCAGGAGCUGGCCUAUUGCACAACCUCAGGAAACAGCCCGUGUGCAGUCCUGGCCCACAGAGCGGACAUGUUCUGGUUUUUAUUCAGCAGCUUUUUUAUAAAGUGUGUUUUCCUUUCCCAUCAUGUCAUCUGGAAGCAAUUCCUCCCAACAGCUGGAUUUGCUUUCACAAUUGGUAAACAUGGCUCAUGGAAGGCCGGGGACGAUGCGGAGCUCCCCGGAGGAGCCUUGUCCCCACCCGCUUGGCUCGCCUUCUGAAGCUUGUCGCGGGUCCCCGCACAAGCCUCAUCAAAAUCGAGGGCGUCCUCUAGCAGGCAACCCACAUUGCAUUCCCCGCUUCAGAGGGUCAACGUGUUCUUCGGGGAAGAAAUUUUCUGAAUGCUUUGCAGAUAAAAUUGAUCAGAUGCAGGCCAGAUUGCCAGCUGCCGGGGCCGCGUGCGCCUGUGGAGGCCCCACCAGCGUCGCAGGAGGCCUCUCUCCGCACCGCAGCCACCAAAGCCAGUAAGAGAGGACAAAAGCCCAAAGAGCACUGACUGAGCCUUCAAGGAAGAUGAAUGUCUCCCCAAAAGUGCUCCUCGGGGACAAGUUUCCACGCAGAUGCAACCGGAACGCCGGCCAGGCUCCGGAAGGCGAGGCCCAGAGCGCAGCGGCCUCCAAGCGCCGGCUCAGCCUGUCGCCUCCGCAGCCAGGGCCCGGGAGGCCGCUCUUCCGGGGUCACGAACACGGCGCGUUCUGAGCCUAGAGGCCCAGGGCACAGUGUGAGCCGGAAUAACGUGUAGGGGACACAGCCCAGGCCCCAGGCACUCCCUCCUGUCGCGGAAGAAAUGCUGUUCUUUGAUCAACGUUUCUAAUGUGGGGAAACCAGCCGAGCACGUGGCUGAACUCUCGUUCAGGGAGCACGGAGUGCUGGUGAGCGCCUGCCCUGAUGCACGCAGACGCUGCUGGCCAGGCUGAGGUGGGUUGCAGAGGCUUCUUUCCAUGCACCACCACCCCUGUGGGCAGCCGGGGCCUAACUGUCAUGAAGGGGCCUUCCCAGGGGGCAAAGUGGGCCCCUGACUGCAACGUUUUCUGAGCAGAGAUAGGCAUCCUUCCCACUGGACAAACAGAAGGAGACCGUCAAGAGGAGAGGCUCACCAGAGGACCCUGGUGAGGGCGACGCCCAGCUCCUCAGCACGUCUGUGCUUCUUAAAUGGAGCCGGUUUGCCUUGGCCCAGUGCGUGCGGAGUGCGUCCCUUCUAGCUCCCUGGGUCCUGUGGGCCUUCCUCUCUCUCCCUCCAGCCUGUUGGGAGCUUUAUUCUUGUCGGGGGCCAGAGGACAGAAACUACAUCGUACAUUUUCCCGUGCCUCAUGGUAUCUUGUCUGGAAUUUUGAAAAUCCGUGAGUUUCUGGUUUUUGCAUGGCAAGGUUCAUUCCUCCAGACCUUAGUCACUCUGCUCUGGCUGCCUGGACUGCCAGGGAGGGGCCUCAGGGUGCACCUGGAGAAAUUCACUGAGGCUCAGGUCAGAGGGUUGGGUGGGUGAGAGCAACCCCUUCCUUAAUACUUCAAAAUGGCCCUCUGGCUUAAAGAGACCGAAGCCAUGUAACAACCAAAUGCAAUGUUUUGGCUGUGUUUGGAUCCUGACUCAAACAAACCAACUGUAAGAGGAGAUUUGGGGACAAUCAGGAAGAUUUGAAUUGGGACUGUGUAGUAGAAAACAGCAAAGAAUUAUUGUUAAUUUUGAUAUGUGCAAUAAUGGUGUGGUGGUUAUAGAAGAAAACAUCCUUAUCUUUUAAAUGGUGUUUGUUGAAGUAUUUAAGGGUGAAA